AUGGCAGACUGGUUUGUUGGUCCAGUCAUGGAUAAGAUCAUCAACGCUUGCUCUGAUUACCUGCAAGAUCAGUGCUUCAGAUGGCAGACAGGCAUGAAGGAGGAGCUGGAAAGGCUGCGAGAGAACCACCACAAGAUCCAAGCUGUCGUCUCUGCUUACACCCGAGCACAGAUCACAGAUCGCAACCCGGCUCUCAAAAGAUGGAUAUGGCAGCUACGAGAUGCCAUUGAUGAGGCAGAUGAUGUUCUUGAUGACUUUGAGUACAUGAAGCUUGAAGAAGAACAACAGGAGCUGAACAUGGAGGAAACAAAGGUGCGUUCUUCAUUCUCUAGAUUAUUUUUGGAACCUGCUCGCAAGCUUCGCAGACUCUGCAAACAAGCUCUCAAAAUAGAUCCCAACUUGGAGAGACUGGAGGCAGCUGUGAAGAAACUUGAUAAAGUUUCAGCUGAGGUCACUACUUUCCUUCAUCUCAUCGAAAACGCAAAGCAGGAGCAGCAGGAGCUGGAGCUUCAGUUGUGCAAAGAUCGUGAAACAGGAUCCUUGCCUAAUAAUGAUCUCAUCGGUCGAGGCGAGGAGAAGGAUUUUGUUAUGCAUGGGUCAUGGUGGCAUGGGCAAGACAACUCUCUUACAACACAUAACAAAAAGAGGCCUCGUUUGGAGUCACUCCCUGCUGUUCAAGAGAGUCUUAAAGCUGUCGUGCGCUCCAAAAGGUUCUUGCUUGUUCCGGAUGACAUUUGGGAAGAAGAUGAGAGCAAAUAUGAGAAUGUGCUCUCCCCUCUGACUAAUGGAAGUUUCGGAAGUAAGAUUUUGAUAACUUCUCGAAUGGAUGCAGUUGCAUCGGCGAUUGCAAAUAUUAUUAAAAAGAAGAUGGAAACAUUGAGGAUAAAGGGCUUGAAAGAAAAUGUGUGUUUGAAGCUACUCAACACCCAUGCAUUUGCUGGUGUAGAGAACCUUGGUGCUUAUACAAAAUUAUCAAACAUUGCUAGUUUGAUAGUUAAAAAGCUUUCAGGAUCUCGACUAGCAGCAAAGAUCGUCGGUGGUAUUCUCAAUUCUAACUUGAAAGAGAGCUUCUGGAUGAACAUUUUAAAUAGUUCUGAUGUUCUAAACGUAGAACUAGAAUCGGGUCGUAAUAACAUUUUGCCUAUUUUAAGAUUGAGUUUUACGUUCCUCCCACAACUUCUACAAAAUUGUUAUGCAUUUUGUGGCAUAUUCCCACAAGAUCAUGAGUUUGAUAAAGAUGAUUUAGUCCGAAUGUGGAUUGCAUUGGGUUUCAUUCAGGAAUCUUCUAUGGGAGGAGAGACUUUGGAAGAUAUUGGGGGAAGAACCAAUGAUCCAGGUCUUACUGAAAUACUUACUGAAAUUUUUAAGGCAUCAAGAAGCAUUCGUUUGUUGUUCAUAGACUCUCCAUAUAAAGAAAAGAUGUCUGAGGCUAUUAAAAAUUUGAGACAUCUUCGAUAUUUGAAAUUUACUAGAAGUCUCACUCAGAUGCCAAGAUCUCUAAGCAGUCUUUAUCAUUUGCGGUUCAUAAUCUGCAAAAAUGGGGUUCUGGAAUCUUGCUCUGAUGAUUUCUUGCCUGGCGAUGUGAGUAAUCUUUCUAAUCAGCGCCACUUGGAAAUGCCUCCGAAUGCAUUUUCUAGUGUACCUGGAAUAGGGAAAUUAAGGUCACUUCAAGAACUAAAUGAGUUUAAUGUUAAGAAUGAGAAUGGUUAUAGAAUUGGGGAGUUGGAGCAUAUGAGCGAGUUGCGCAAAUUAAAAAUAAAUUUUCUGGAAAAUGUGAAGGAUGCUGGAGAGGCUGGCAAUGCAAAAUUAUUUGAGAAGAGAAAACUCACAGAGUUAUUCUUGAAUUGGGGCAAAACUGUUAAUAAAUGGAAAUUGGAGGGGGGAGAUAGAUGCGAACAGAACAUUGUCAAUUCUGAAUUAGAUGUGAAUGUGCUCGAAAUUCUUGAACCAUACAAAAAUUUGAAAAGAUUGUCCAUAGUUUCACAUGAGGGUGCAUGCUCUGCAAAAUGGAUGUACAAUACAGAUUUGAUCUCCAAUCUGGAGUACAUCUGUCUGAACGGAUGCUCGGAGUGGGAAGCCCUUCCUCCUUUUGGGCAGCUUCCCCACCUCAAGUCUCUGUACCUUUGUAACAUGCCAAAAGCAAAGCGGCUUGAUUAUAAAUUCCAUGGGAAUGACAAGGUUUCUGUGUUUCCAUCGUUGGAGGUGCUGAAUAUUAUGGGAUUACUAGUAUUGGAGGAUUGGUUUGAUGGAGCAGCAGCAAAUGACUGUUUCUUUCCUUGCUUAACAGAACUCUCCCUUGUUAACUGCCCAAAUCUGCAGGAGUUGCCCUAUUUGCCUCCUAAGCUCAGGAAAAUGAAGAUACAAAAUAUCGGAUGGAAGGCUGCUUUGAUCUACAAGCAAGAAACCAACAACUGCUGUCUUGAAACAUUAAGGGUCCUUUCGUGUCCAAACAUCACAUCUCUUCAUUCUGUUGGUGGACGACAACAACUGGAUAGUGGCAUUGAGAAAUUCCAGGUUAUUCUUAGUCAAGUUGUUAUAGAUGACUCAUCCUUGUUGCUGACGGUGAGUAUCGCCUCCUUGGAAAAGCUCACAAUUUGUAAUGAUGAUGUGCUGCAGUCUCUCCCUUCCUUCUUGGAACGCCUCUCUUCACUUAAGAUUCUACACGUCGAAAAUGUUCCUCGGCUCCAGCAGCUUUUACACAUCCCCACCUCCCUGAAAGAAUUACAUCUUAAAUACCUGGAAUCAUUGCAGUGCCUCCCAGCGUCUUUGUCGGCCAUCUCAUUCCUCAAAGUUCUAUGGUUAAAAAACAUUCCACUCCUCAAAUCAUUACCAUCUUCUUUGUCGGCCAUCUCAUCCCUCAAGCAUGUUUUUUUAGACAACAUUCCACUCCUCAAAUCAUUGCCAGACCUCCCUCUCUGUUUGUCUCAUCUGCUUCUACAGAGACUUGAUAACCUACAGUGCCUGCCAUCUUCUUUGUCGGCCGUCUCAUCCCUCAACGUUAUAUGGUUAUUUGACGUUCCACUCCUCAAAUCAUUGCCAGACCUCCCUUCCUCCUUGAAUUCAAUAAUGGUAAAAAAUUGUCAUCCAGAGUUUGGGGAGCGUUAUAAAAAAUUUUCAGGCUCUGAUUGGCACAAGAUCGCACGCAUUCCUAAUGUCAGUAUUGAUUAA